AUGAGAACUAACAAGACUGAAGUGACAGUGGAGGAGGACCGUGACCUGGACAUCUUACCAGAUUCUGAACCAGACCCUGAACCAGACCUUGAACCAGACCGUGAACCCGACCGUGAACCAGAUCUGGGUGAAACGGGACAGACAAAAAUCCGUAGAUCAGACGAGGAGGUGUCGGCGUUUAGACGCGGCCGCACCCAGGAACAAGGACUAGGGAGUGUAGAGUCUGAGAGACCAGAGAAAGACUCUCAGAAAGAAACAGUUGUAGUUGAGGACGUUGUUGUUGUUGAUGAUGAUGAUGAUGAUGAUGAUGAGGGUGACGAGGUUGAAGACGACGACGACGGCGUCCCCAUUGACCGCGGCUGGGCGUGGAUGACCGUGCUGGCGUAUUUCUUCAACCUGUUUAUAAGUGUGGGUUACGUGAAGGCACUGGGGGUGCUGUUUGUCGAGUUCCUCGCUAUCUACAGAGCAUCUGUUACCAUGACAACACUGCUGAUGGGCACCAUGUCAGCUACUUACAGCGUUGCGUCUUUCUUGACAAUGCAGGUGGUCCUAACACACUUGGACACACGGAAAACUAUCAUUCUUGGUGGGAUUAUGACGUCAGCAGGAAUAACUCUGUCCUACUUUGCGGACAGUAUGGUGUUCCUCAUCUGCAUGCAGGGAGUUGUAGUAGGCAUCGAACACGCACUGAUUAACGGUCCGGGGAUGAUUCUCGUUAACGAGUACUUCAACAAACGUCGAGGUAUUGCGACAGCCAUCGCCAUCUGUGGCGUCAGUGUGGGUGGCAGCGUGUUCCCGCCAUUUGUGAAUUACCUCUUCGGAAAGUUCACCCUCAGGGACACGUUCCUGAUUCUCGGAGCCAUAAGCCUCAACAUCUUAGUGGGCGGCAUGCUUUCACGCCCUGUCAGCUUCUACAAGAAAUCGCACGCAAGGAAAAAACUUCUACUGGAAGACAAGCCAGCAGAAUCUUCACACUCGAGGGAAAAUAUUCUACUUGGAGAUAAAACGGACGAAUCUUCACAUGGAAGGCAACGAUUUCUGUUAGGAGACAAAACAGGAGAAUUGUUAAGAUAUGUUUCCAAAACGGAAAGAAAACCUUCGAAAGAGAUAAAUGUCAUAGAAAACUAUUCCCACAAAACCUCAUGUCUUUUAACGAAAUCGCAUGACCACCUUCCAGCUGACAAAUUCCAGACUCUACCACCUCUCAGACAAAGAACAUAUUCGGACAGUAUGACGUAUAGGACAAGAACGUGGAAGAAUCAGGAAACUUUCAGCAGGCCUACCCUGCUGCUUCUUUCUAAUGCUUCCGAGAUUGGCCCCGUCUCUCUUACUGAUAUAACAUGGUGGCAGAGAACUCUCUAUGUUCCUACAAACAUAGAUCAUGAUGUCAGUACGGUUCAAGGUAUUAGCUUAAUGAACGGAGAACACAAUGUCUGUAUGGAUCCUAGUAUUAGCUUAAUGGAUGGACACCAUGAUGGUAUUAUGCAAGAAACAUCAAAACCCAUUAUUACAGAACAUAUUAGUUUUUCCAUAUGCCAAAGGAUACUGCGUCUUAUGAAAAAACCGUUUACCUCUUUCGAUUUCAGCAUUUUUCAGAAUCCAUUAUUUUCCAUGUUAGUUUGUGCUGCAGUUUUUACUAUUCAGACACAAGCUCAUCUGACGUACAUACUGGCGCUUGCAAUAGAACAUGGCAUUUCACCAUCAAAUGCUGCUCUCUUGUUGACAGUCACUGCAUCGCUGGAUCUUUUGAGCAAACUGGCUUUCGGGUGGUUUGCGGAUCUUGGCGUGAUUCGUAAGCACUACCUCCAGAUGACGGGUCUCUGCAUCAGCGCCACCUCCUCCCUGUUCGUGUCUCUGUACUCCUCCUUCCCUCUCAUGAUGGGUUACGCCGUGAUCCAGGGAAUCUUCAGCGGGGUCUACAGGUCGCUAUAUGUACUUGUGCUCAUCGACUUCGUGGGAACUGAGAACAUGGGAAAAGCGUUUGGAAUCAUUCAGCUGAUACAUGGAUCAAUGGUUGCCAUUGCUCACUCUGUUAUAGGUAGUUUGCGGGACUUGACGGGUUCGUACUCUGCCAGUUUUCAGUACACCGCUGCGUGUGGGUUUGUCGGCUCCAGUAUACUACUGUUGGAGAGGUGGGCCACACGGAAGAAGAAUCAGAUCAGAAACACGUCUAUUUCAAAACCUAUUUACGAAACGCCAUGUGAGAAGACAGACUGGCCGGACAAGCAUUGAUGCAUAUUCAUCGUUCUGUGAACAACUAUGUGAGCAAAACGGCAGGUGUCUGGUCUGUGCCUUUGGUAGUGGCUUGGUUCGUCACAUGACAAGAUGGAGGACACAAUAUUUUUGAUGGUAGAAUUUUACAGGUAAAUUAACAAAAAGAGCUGAUGAAAUGAGUGUUAACCCG